AUGCAGUUCGGCGACGCUUUAUUCCAUAUGAUCAGCGAAUUUGCAACUAUGAAUCGAACUCCUGAUCAUAGAUGCCGACCUCGAGAAUCAAGGAUAGUUCCUGCUGAAGAGGUACCAACAAGUUCAACCUCAGCUUACCUGUGCCACAACCGUCGACAUUCACUGCAGUUGACUGUCGGCGUUUCGGGUGAUGUGCCCCCCAUAAAUGUGCAGAGGCAAGUUCUUGGAGAACGCCGGCAUCUAACAACCGCAUCGGUAAUCGAGAGACGGUCGUCACGGUUAAGCUGGUGGAAAUCCAAAGGGAAAGAACGUCGUCAGUCAGAACCAGUGAUCAACCCGUUGGAUACACUUCAUAAGAAAUUGGAAUAUUUGAGACAAAAACACAGGCAAGCACUAAGCGGGAAGGAAGAGAAAGAAGACAUCGAGAACAGAGCUGAGCGCAUCCAAGUGAACACCGAAUGUAGGAAGACAGAAUCCUGGGGUUCUCAGGAAGACAAAUCUGGAGUUCUACCAAAAAGACGUAUUCAGGAACGGAUCAAAAGGACUGACAGAGGUUCAAUUGUUAUAGUAGAUGAAGGAGUUUCCAGCGACACGGAAGGCGAAGUAACAAGACUGUAA